AAAUGAAGCCUCACAGCAGCUCCUGCAAAGAACGAAGUCUGUGAGGUUACAAAGAGCCACAAACCUUUUUUUGGUGGGAUCCCCUCAGGCCAGGGGCAGAACAAGGGAGGGCAGAAAUUGGAUCCUUCCACACAAAGAAAACAUUCUGAAGAACCAAUCAGGAUUUCUGUAGUCAGCUGCAAGUACCAUCCCCAUCUUUAACCUCAAGCAGGAAAAAAUGAAGCAUAUUAUCAAUGCCUAUGAACACAGCAAUGACUCAGCAAGAAAUAACUCUGAUUGUCCUGAUGUGGUUUUGCCAGACGAGAUAUUUUUCACAAUCUCCAUCAUUGGAGUUUUGGAGAACUUGAUUGUCCUCCUGGCUGUGAUCAAAAAUAAAAAUCUCCAGUCCCCCAUGUACUUUUUCAUCUGCAGUUUGGCCAUUUCUGACAUGGUGGGCAGCCUGUAUAAGAUCUUGGAAAACAUCCUGAUCAUCUUCAGAAACAUGGGUUAUCUCAAGCCUCGUGUCAGUUUUGAAAGCACAGCAGAUGACAUCAUUGACUGCAUGUUCGUCCUCUCUUUGCUGGGCUCUAUCUUCAGCCGGUCUGUGAUUGCAGCUGACCGCUACAUCACCAUCUUCCAUGCCCUGCAAUACCACAGCAUUGUGACCAUGCGCCGCACCAUCAUUACUCUAACAGUUAUCUGGAUGUUCUGUACAGGGUGCGGCAUCGCCAUGGUGAUCUUCUCCCACCACAUCCUCACAGUGCUCACCUUCACAUCGCUGUUCCCUGUGAUGUUGGUUUUUAUCCUGUGUCUCUACAUUCACAUGUUCUUACUUGCACGCUCCCAUGCUAGGAAGAUCUCUACCCUUCCUAGAACCAACAUGAAGGGUGCCAUGACCCUAACCAUCCUUCUUGGAGUCUUCAUCUUCUGUUGGGCCCCCUUUGUGCUCCAUGUUCUCUUAAUGACGUUCUGCCCAAAUAAUCCUUACUGUGUUUGCUAUAUGUCUCUCUUCCAGGUCAAUGGCAUGCUGAUCAUGUGCAAUGCAGUCAUCGACCCCUUUAUAUAUGCCUUUCGGAGCCCAGAGCUCAGAGAUGCAUUCAAAAAGAUGUUCUUCUGCAACAAGUAUUAGUAGAAUUUUUGAUCCCUGCUUUGAGUGUUGUAAAGG